AAAAAAACGUUGGUAAAUAACCAAAAAUAAAGGGAAGAGGUUUUAGUAGGGUGUUUAGUAAAAGCAACCGGGAAGUGAGAACAACAAAACUUGAUAAACACGAAAGAAGGGAUAGAAAUAGGGUUUCGCUUGCACAGAAUUCCCAGGUCACGAAAAUGGCUAACAUUUUGAAACCUAAUUCAGCUAGAAUCGCACUGCGUGCUAUCCCCCGCCCGUUCGCGGCAGCGGCGGCAUCAGCUACACCAGCAUCCAUCCCCUCCCGAUUCUCCUCAGUUCGCUGUAUUUGUUGUUUUAACAGCCGACACCGCUAUGAUCAUAAGCCUGUGUAUUAUUGGCAACCACCGAUAAACUUCGGAAUUCACUUUGUGCCGGAGCAGACAGUAUAUAUUGUUGAGAGAUUCGGAAAAUACUUCAAGACUCUACCUACAGGCGUCCAUUUUUUGAAUCCUUUUGUCGAUGAAGUUGUUCGCGUCCAUAAGAUAUGGAUAGAAACCCUCAAAUUUCAUCACGAUUUUCUUUUGACCAAGGAUCAACACACCUUGUCCAUAGAUGCUUGGGUUGAUUUUAAGAUUGUGGAUCCUAAGCUUGCUUCUUAUGUAGCUCAGAAAGUCCCCUUAGUGCUGUCCAUGAACUGGCUGAAAUCAGUAUCUGUAGUGAAAUCCGCAAAAUUACUUUGGAAAACUUCAAUAAUGAAAAGGAGAAUAUUCUGCCUAAAAACGUUGUGGAUUCCAUUAAUGUGCGUGCAAAAAGGUGGGGAAUAGAGUGUGUUGGAUGUUGGAUAGAUAACUCCUGCAAAAUUGUUGCAGGAUUCCGUUAAUGUGCGUGCAAAAAGGUGAGGUGUAGAGUGUCUUGAAUAAGGAAGGUAAAUCCCUCGGUUAAGGAUUUGACUAAUCCUUACAUGAAUUCUAGCUUCUCUUUUUCAUGGAUUGCUUAAUGUUUCCUGCCAAAUACUUGGACACAACACAAUCUACAUUUGCUUGAGUAUGGAAUUUUUUGUCAUUUGAAUAUUAUUUAAAAAUAAUGUUUUUUUUAUGCUUUUUGCCUCUCAGUCACUCAAUUUUUCACUCUUAGACCAUCUCCAAUGGCCAAUUUAAUGA